AUGUCGCCGCCUACAAAGUCUGGCAGGCCACCCAAGGAAGCUCUAGUUCCUACCGAGGCCUCAGGAGAUACUGUUGCUCCAGGCAAGCCCUCUGAGGGUGCUGCAGCUGCUGAUCAGUCCGGCGAGGCCCCUACGGUCUCUGGUGAACCAUCUCAGGAUGCGGCGGGCAUAGCCGCACUCACUAAGCCCCGUCAGACGCGCUCAUCGUCUCGCCCUUCAAAGAUGCGUAAAGAGAGACCCUCAGAGGGCUCGGCGGAAGCCGAGCAUAGGACCGGUGGAAAGAAUGCUCCUAGCUCCUCCUGUUCUCGAGCCGGUAAAUUCACUCUUGUGCCGGAAUCGUUCUUGACCAUUGAUCUCAGAUGGGUCUCAGAGAAAGAGUCUUCUCGAGAGACACUUCAACGAUAUUAG